UCAGCAUGUCAUUCAGUCAGCGUGUGUUUGUGUGUGUGUGAUGAAGACUCUUCUGUUCCUCCUCCUCCUCUCCGCGUGUCAGGAGUAUUCGUGUGUGUCGGCUAAAACUUUAGAGUUCUUCAUCGCAGCGGUCGAGACUAAAUGGGAGUAUGUGUUUACAGACACAGCAGAUCCAGCCGCAAACCAGAGGAAGUUUGCAUCUGGUGUCCAGAAGUACACCAAGGCUGUAUAUACGGAGUACACCGAUUCCACUUUCACUACACCCAAGUCAAAACCUCCAUGGGCUGGCAUUCAAGGCCCGACUAUCAGAACAGUGGUGAACGACAGGGUUGUGGUGCACUUCAAAAACUUUGCAUCCCAAUCCUUCAGUAUAUCUCCCAUCGGCAUUCCCUACUGGAAACAAUCAGAAGGCGCGGGAUAUGAGGACUCCAGCUCUUUUCAGGAGCGUGCGGAUGACUCGGUGCCCCCUGGUGGCUACUAUAGAUACGUGUGGGACAUUUCUCCAAACUCUGGGCCGACCACAUCUGACCCAGACUGCCUGACCUACAUCUACUCAUCACAGGUGGACAUCAUUCGAGACUUCAACAGCGGACUCAUCGGCGCACUGCUCAUCUGCAAGACAGACGCUCUAACCGAGGACAGACAGAGGAGAGUGCCAGAGUUCAUUCUGCUUCUCUCGGUCUUCGAUGAGAGCAAAAGCUGGUAUCAGGAAGUGGGUCGAGCAGAAAAACUGAAGAAAACCUCCAGCACAAACCAGUACCACACCAUCAACGGCUACAUCAACUCCACAUUACCGGGUCUGAGUGUGUGUGAGAAGAGUCCGCAGGUCUCCUGGCACCUCAUAGGUCUGGGCUCCAGUCCUGAGAUCCACAGCAUCCAGUUUGAAGGACACACGCUGAAGGUGUUCGACCACAAGCGGGUGACGGUGGAGAUGACACCCAUGACCUUCACCACAGCCCUCAUGAAGCCCUCGGCCACGGGGAGGUUUCUGAUCUCCUGCAGGAUCCACUCGCAUCAGACAGCUGGUAUGAAUGCGUUCUUCACUGUUGAAAACUGUCCUGAACCCGCACCGCUUCCCCUCCCGGACAAGAGAAACGUCAAGCACACUAAUGACGAUGAGGAGGAGGAUGAUGAAGACAACAUGUUCUCUGUGGUGUUCAAACAAGGAGGUCCAAUAUCUGUGCUUCGCUCCAGCGCGAAGGGCCGACCCAAAGUGUGGCUCCAUUACAUCUCUGCAGAGGAGACGGACUGGGAUUAUACCGCUCAGAGCGGAGAUCGGCCUGCAUCUUCAGCCGGGUCCGAGUGGUUCAGAAAAGGCCCUCAGCGUCUGGGUGGUGUUUAUAAGAAAGUGGCGUUCGUGGAGUACACAGACAAGACAUUCAGCGUCAAGAAAACCACCGGGAGAACACUGAUCGGUCCCGAGCUCCGAGGGGAAGUGGGAGACAAGUUUCAGAUUGUGUUUAAAAAUAUGGCCAGUCGUCCAUUCAACAUUUAUCCAAACGGCCUGACCAGCGUUCAGCCUCUGAAGACAACAAACAAAGACAAACAGGUAGAUCUGCGUUCUCUGGCCGUUCCCCCAGGUGAGAUUAUGACAUACCUGUGGAAGCUGACGGCUGAAGAUGGACCCACAGAUGCCGACCCGCGAUGUCUGACGCGGAUUUACCAGAGUACGCUGGAUCCGGCCCGGGACGUGGCGUCUGGGCUGGUGGGACCCCUGAUCAUCUGCAAAUCCCAGUCUCUGGAUAAAAGAGGCAGAGUGGUGACGUCAGAUAAAGAGAAGAAGCUGUUGUUUACGGUGUUUGAUGAAAACAGAAGCUGGUACUUCGAGGAAAACAUCAAGAGAAACAGUGAAGAUCCAGCUAAGAUCAACCGCAAUGAUCUGGAUUUCUACAAUUCUAACAUCAUGCACACUGUGAACGGUUUCAUGUUCAACCACCUGCAGUACAAGAUGUGUGUUGGCGAUGUGAUCCUCUGGCAUGUGGCGAGCAUCGGCAUGCAAAACAACUUCCUGUCAGUUUAUUUCACCGGAAAUACAUUUGAGCGGGAAAAAGCGUACGGCACCGUGCUCACGCUUUUCCCAAUGACUGGAGACACAGUCACCACUGAAGUGGAGAUGAUGGGAGAAUGGGAGGUCAGUGCAUUUGACCCGUCUCUAAAAGAGCGAGGUAUGAGCGUCCGCUAUACCGUGGUAAACUGCGAACGUGUGCUCCCCAAAGUAGACUACGACGACUACGAUGAAGAAUUCAUGGAGAUCAUCGAAAAAAACUUCCCCAAUCCACGAGGCACCAUGGGAAAGAACCGCACUAUCGCCAUCCGCGUCUGCAGGAACAGAACUGUGACGGAUUCUGGGAGCAACACGAGACACAAUGAGACGCUGAACAGAAGCCGCGUGUGCGAGAUAAGAUAUGUUCCCGUAAAAGAAGAGAACGAUCUGGAAGCGUUAUCGCAGGGCGGUAUUCCUCAGGAUAUUCUGGAUCAACUGGACGAUGAGAUUGGAGGAAACUCGGUGGAAAGACAGAAAAGAUCCCACCAGGAAUCCCACACAGUCACGUCCAGCUACACUGAAUUACCUCAAAACCAACACAAUGAAACACAAGCAGGUGCUGACACUACAAAUGAGCUGCUCAGAAAAUUCCUCUUCAAACAUACAAACCUAAACAUCUCUAGAAGAACGCAGGAUGAGAUGGAGGAAAGCUUGAAUCCGCUUAGCUUUAAUACGAUCCGAAAUAUCUCAAUGGUGGAGAUUGAAAAAGCAAGGAGUCGGAGAGAACUGUGGAGCGUUGGGAAAACUAACCAGAAAGAUGUUAAAGCCAUGAGUGAUAAUGAAGUUUUAGAAGACUCUGGAAGAAAGCGGGAUAAGAUGGAGGAAAGCUUGAACCCGCUGAGCUAUAAUUAUAAGGACCUGAAGAAGUAUUCGGAGAUGGGUUUGGAGCCGGCGUCUAACUCAUCGGAUGACAAGAUGUACGGGAAGAAGUCGGUGACGAGCGAUUAUGAUGAUUACAGUGAUGAGGGAAGCGUUGUCGGGUUAGAUCAUUUUGUUGAGGAUAAUGUCGGCGUUCGGUCGACAGAAUCAAAGUUUAGGAGUUACUACAUCGCGGCUGAGGAAGUCAUGUGGGAUUAUGGGAUUGAUAAACCGGCUCAGCUCAUCAAACCGAGGGAGAUGCGGAGGGGACUGAGAAAAUACUUCCCAACCUAUAAAAAAGUGGUGUUUAGAGCGUAUCAGGACCGAGAUUUCAGGCAUCCAAUCAAACGUGGAGAACUGGACGAGCACCUGGGCAUUAUGGGUCCUGUAGUGAAAGCAGAGAUCAAUGAUGUUCUCACAGUGGUUUUUAAGAACCUGGCCUCCAGACCGUACUCAUUCCACUUGCAUGGAGUGUACGAUAAGACGCCGGGGAGUUUCAGCACUGGAAUGGGUCCAGAAAACCCCAAGCUGGAGGAAGAAGCAGGAGAUCCAGUUCCUCCAGGAGAGGAGAGAGUUUAUAACUGGAGAAUCUCCAGACGCCAAGGACCCUCCGCCUCAGAGUUCGACUGCAAGGCUGGAGCUUAUUACUCCAACGUCAACAUGGAGAAGGACAUAAACUCUGGUCUGAUCGGCCCCAUGCUGAUUUGUCGUCCUGGAACGCUCAACCCACGAGUCCUGCUUCAGCCUGACGUCACAGAUUUCUUCCUUCUCUUCACCACAUUUGACGAAAGAAAGAGCUGGUACCUCGACUACAACAUCAGGAAGUUCUGCAUCCCGCCAUGCCAGGCCAGAGUAGACGAUCCCUGGUUCCAGACUAGCAACAAGUUUGCAGCUAUUAACGGUUACGUGUCUGAGACGCUGCCUGGUCUGAGGGUUGAGCAGUACAGGACGGCCCGCUGGCAUCUGCUCAAUCUGGGAACUCAAGGCGAGUUUCACGCUGUACACUUCCACGGACUUCCAUUCAGAGUGGGAAAGGAUCAGGAACACCGCAUGGGAAUUUUCAAUCUAUAUCCUGGUGUUUUUGGGACGGUGGAGAUGCGGCCUGCCAUCGCAGGCACCUGGUUAAUAGAGUGCACGAUAGGGGAACAUCAGCUGGCAGGAAUGAGGGCAAAACUGCUGGUCUAUAACCCACAAUGCAAUCAGCCCAUAGGAAUGCAAUCAAGAUGGAUCACCAACAAACAAAUAACAGCGUCUGAUUACUACGGUGACUGGAAGCCUGAAUUAGCCAGACUUGAGUUAACUGGAUCCAUUAAUGCCUGGAUGGGCAGCAGCCCAAACUCCUGGCUGCAGGUGGAUCUGUUAAGACCCAUGAUCCUGCAUGGUAUUCAGACUCAGGGUGCGAAGACUUCGAUGGGUUUGAGCGAGUUCUUCACUAUUCUCUACAGCAUCAGUUACAGCAACGACCAGGAGAACUGGAGCGUUUACAGAGGAAACAGCACCAAACCAUAUUACACCUUCAAUGGAAACAUGGACGGUUCCAGAAUAAAGGAGAACUUAUUUUCUCCACCCAUCGUGGGACGCUACAUCCGCAUUCACCCUCUGACCUUCCAGAAGCAGCCCACGCUGAGGAUUGAACUGCUGGGGUGUGACCUCAACAGCUGUUCUCUGCCACUGGGAAUGGAGCGCAGGUCGAUUCCCAACAGCAGCAUCAGCGCCUCCUCAUUCCUCAAUAAGUGGCUGCUGUCCUGGAGCCCCGACCUCGCCAGAAUACACCAGGAGGGACGAGCAAACGCUUGGAGACCAAAGUCUAAUAACCCUCACGAGUGGCUCCAGGUGGACUUUGCGUCAGUGAAGCGAGUGACCGGUUUGAUCACACAGGGGGCUCGGUCCGUCCUGAAGCCCAUGAUGGUGACAGAAUUCACUGUUUCUGUCAGCAAUGAUGGACACAGCUGGAGCAGUGUGACGGAGCAGGGCACCGACAGCGAGCAGAUCUUUGAGGGCAACAGUGAUAAUAAUGAGGAGACACUGAACAUCUUUGAUCCUCCUCUCUUCACUCGUUUCAUCCGCGUUCAUCCUAAAGGCUGGGUGAACGACAUCGCUCUGCGUCUGGAGUUUCUGGGCUGCGACACACAACCAACACUCUGAGCGAAGAACAGUGGAGCCUUUUCACACGUGCGUGCUUCUCAGCAGCAGAAGUCUGCAUAGCUGGUAAACUCAGAGCGCAGUGAAUGUGAGAUAAAUCAUUAUACAUUUAUUUAUUUUAUUUACAAUCCUAUCAGCUGUAAUAAUCAGAGAAAAACUCCAGGAUGGUGUUAUCAAGACUUUCAGAAGAAGGAAAACAAUAAGCACAGGCAGAAGAGAGAAUGUCAGAUUUACUGUCCUGUCCCCAUACACAAUACAUUACGCACGCCUCACACAAGCGCUCAUUCGUUUACUGUAAUUUGAUGCAGAGAUGAUGUAAUACACAUUUAAAUAUAUUGAUAAAUAUACAUACGUUUUUUAAAAUCUAAAUAUUAAAAAUUGUAAAGGAUGAUCAUCAUAAAUGCUUCAUAAAAGUGUUGUGAAAAGGGUCUGAGAGACCGUGCGGGCCCGUCCGCUACGCCACUGGUUUCUAACUAAAACACACAGGGCUCUGUUCCUAUUAUCUGCUUAAAGGGACAGUUCAACCAAAAAUUAAACAAGAGACUCAUCCUCCACUUGUUCCAAACCUGACUUUAUUCUGCGAUGUAGAAGUGCGCUUGCUUCUGCAAUUGUUUUAGAACUUGUGAUUCAGUUGCCUACACUGAAAAUAUGAUAUAUUCACUAAAUUAAUUUACCAGAUUUACUCAAUUUUAUAAGGUUAGUGGUUGCAAACAUGUUAUAUGGACUGAAUUUAAGCAAACAAAUAGGGUAUAUGCCGAGCUAGUGCUGUUCCCAUACUGAUAAACUUCCGGUGAGCUGUUAUUGUGAGCUUUUUUUCCAUUUUAUACGGUUCCUUUUACAGCAUCGAUGUUUUAAUGUCAUUAAAAUACAAUCAGUUAAACAGAUUUUGGCAUUCAUUUAGUUGCUCAAGUGUAAAAGAAGAUUAAUAGCGUUUACUCGCAUGCACUCGUCAGAAUCAGCAGGCUAGCGCAGAAGCUCCUUUGAAUAUACUGGGGUAAAAUAAAUACUCAUAUUAUAAAGACAUGGCAGGGGGAAAUGUAAUGUAAUGCAGUGCUUCUUGUACAAUCUGAGACCCACUUUAAAUUGGAUAUCACUCAGCCAGUGGAGAUCGCUGAUUUUUAAAGAAAACAGACCUUAAACGCAGCAAUUUUGCAAUGGCAUGAAGUUCAACAGAAGCGCUUAACCCAAGUUACUGGCAAAUUAAAAGUCCUAUUAGCAUGCUUCGGCAUAUACCCCAUUAAAUUGAGUAUUGUUUGUUUAAAUUUAUCCCAUAUACAUUGUGUGCAAGCACCUACCUUAAAAAAGUAAAUCUAGUAAAUUAAUUAAAUGCAUAAUUUUUUUUAAAAAUAUAGUACAUCUAAUUUAUCAUUUAUUCAGUGAUAUGGGAAAAAUGAAUAACACAUGGCAGAAAAGAGUCAAGCUACUUGCUCUCAGACACGUGUGUUCAUGACUAGACCUAAAAACAUAAAUAAAAUCAUUACAAAAUAUCAGUUUGCAACAUAAUCGUCUGUUUUUACUGCUAAAAAUGAAUGGAAGUGAAUGAGCCCACUAGUAUGUAAAGAAUAAGAUCAGUGGGGAUGCAUCGGAUUUUCAGCUGCCAAAAAAUUAUUGGCCAAAAACCAAAACUACCUAUUUUUCCAGCCGAAAUGCUGUUAUGAAACCCAUUCAUUUCAAUGGCUUUCACCAUGCAAGGGUGGUGUGUUGCCAUCAGACCAAAACUAAAAAUAAAGGAGCACAAUAAGUGCAAAAUAGCUGUCAUGCAAGAUAAAAACAUCUCAAUAUUCUGCUCUGUGUGUUUGAGGAAAGUCUGUUCACUCCAUAUUUACAAGUUCACCCAAGACUAGUCCAAUCAAAAUAAACGGAUGAAUCCUGAAAUCCCGAACAAUGACACAAUAAAUCAAACACAAAAUCUGAAGUGACCCGUCUCAUGCUGCAUAAGCUCUAAUUACACUUCACAAGCACUUGAGUGUGAGUAAAUGAAUAAUAGGACUCAUGAAGAUUAAUAAAUCAAGUCCUCAGCAUUGCUGGUCUUGUGCACUUACAAACCAAGAGGCUGCAUAUGAUGUCUAAAGAUGCUGUCUACAUGGGUAGGCUUUAAACAGAGCCCACAUAAGCACUACACAGAUGUAUUAAACCGUUAUUUUAUGUGAAAUGUUACGAAUCUGCGUGUAAGUUAUGAGUGUUAUUCAUUCUCUGAGUAGGUAAACUACUAUAUAUACCUUUCCUCUUGCAUAUGAAGAACUCACGUGAGGUUGUUGUUUGUAUAUUGUGCUCUGGAAGAACUACUGAAUCCUCUAUAUGCUGUAUUUUUCUUUUUUUUUUAUAUUUUGCACUGAAACAGGGGUGAGUUUCAUAUUUUAUGACAUAUUUAAUGUUUAAUUGCGGAAAUAAAGAGACUAUUGAACAAAUUCCA